GGCUUUCGUAUCUGGAUUUUCGGCUUUCGUCAACCGAGACGUCAAUAUCAGCGACGAUCGGUGUUUCUCGUCUGUUAGUCUCCCUCUAUUCCCCUUCUACUUAUUUCUAACGUUUAUAAUUGCAUCAUUCUGAAUAAGGACACAAGUGACGAGAUAUGAGCAAAACUUAGUCACGAUUACGAAACCAAGCAACGGCUUUUGUGCAGAGCAGAGAGAAAAUUUAAAUAUUGUUGAAGCAUGCCGAAGAGAAAGGCUCGAGGCCGAGGACGAGGAAGGCCAAGAAAGUUAAGUGGUGAGAAGUUUCAUGAGAGUGAAGAUGGUAGCUUGGACAUUCCUGUUAAUCCAUCGGAGAUGAGGGAAGUACGGGGAGUUUUUGGCUUAGAGCGGGAGUAUGAAGCAGAUACAAGUACCCAACCUAAAAGAAUAAGACUUGGAGAACCUAGAGCUCUAACAGUUCUGAGUAAGUUCGAAGAGAGUACGGAUGGCAACGUAGCUAGUCCAGCUAAUCCAUUAAAUCUAGCAGAAGUUGGGGCUGGCCGUGGGGAGGUCUCAGGGCCGCAGGAAGCUGAUAACACAGCAUUGAGAAAAAGACAUGGACGACUAAAAGGGUCAUCAAGUUUGAAUAAGUUCCAAAGGAAUGCAAUGGUAACGUGAACAUUCUAAAUAAUCCGUCAACCUCUGUGGAAAUACGUACUGACUUUGAGGAGGAGCAGAAGGAAGAUAUGGAUACCACACUUGAGAAAAGGGGGCGAGGACAGCCAAAAGACUCUAUGGGUAAGAAGAGUAAAGAUAGGGCUGAUGGAAAUUCAGGCACUUCCAAUAAUCAAUCAAACUUACAGGAAGUAGGUCAUGGAUGUGAAGAGGAGCAGGAGGCAGGUAUACUUUAUGAAAUACUUGCAAAUAAUUAAUACAGUUCUUUUUCUCUGGUUUACUUCUUUCUCUUUUCAUGAUGGUUUUCCAAUAUUUAUUUGUGCCUAAUGUGACACUUAUCCGCGCAAGAAAACUAUCAACCAAUUUUUAUAUUGUGCUUUCUAUCUCUCUCUUUGUUCUCUCAUGCUAAGUUACAGUUACACUGCCUCAAAGAAGGGGACAAGGACGACCAGAAGGCUCAACAGCUCAGCAGAUGCAUCAACAGAACGCAGAAGGAAAGUUGGACGUCCUCAUUUAUAUAUGUAAAAUAUGAUGGCUGGAGGUCCUGGCUGUAAAUAUGAUAUCUUAUACUUUUCCCCCACCUUUUGUGUUUCAGAUUUAUGCACUGUGCCUAAGAAAAAGGGAAGAGGACGGACAAGGGGGUUGAGGGUACAGAUGAAGCGUCAACAGAGUGCAGAUGGAAAGUUGGAUGUUCUCAUUCAUCCUACAAAGAUGGUUGCUGUUGGUCCUGGACGUAAAGAUUUCAUUACAGAUCUUUCUGUCAUUGUUCGCCAGAAUGCUCGUCAUAAUGUGUACAAUUGGAAGAAAGUUCCAAAGAGUGUAAAGGAUACAAUAGUGCAAAAGAUUCUGGCAAGUUAUUCAUGCUUCUUUUGGGGAUCAUAGUUUAACUUAAAAUAGUACUAUCUUUAGAGUUAUCUUUCCUGGCUCUUGUGGAUAUCAGUCUCUGGUUUCCUGAAUAAACUAGUUUUUCUUUUUAAAUGUUGAGGAAUUGAUAAAAAUAUUUUGUGAUAAUAUCUUCUUUUUGGUUUCGGAUAUAGUGUUGUUUACGCUGUAAAUCCUUCUUAGUUGCAAGACUUUAUUCAUUGCUAGAAUCAUGAUUAAUUUCUUUAUGCCCAUACUCUUUGGAAUGCUUAAGCGAUCUCCACAUUCUGUUUUUUUUUUUUUUAACUCUUAAUUGCAGCACUUAGUUAAAGCUAUGCUAAGUUAUUGUCUCUUAAUUCAUGCUUCGCAUGUUUUGGAAUCUUGAGAUAGGUCUUCCUUGUGAUAUGGCUCGAUAUUUCAGAAAAUCUGCUCAUGAUCUUUUGACUUUUGGCAUGCUGGGUUCAUUCUUAUUAUAUGUAGCGUCGAUAUUUUCUGGGAAUUAAGGAGGCAAAAUUUGUUAUGUGACAUGCUCCGUUUACAUUUAUCCGGUCCAUUUUGUUGGAUUAUAAUCCAAGAGCUUUUAAGGUAGAAGAAGGAAAGGGAAACUCUUGUCAAUUUAUGAAAUCAGAUUCUAACUUCAUGAACUAAGCCAAGGGAAAUCUCCAUAGAAUUCACUGAAUAUCCAUGUUUUAUCGUUCAUUCUUCCACAAUACAUAUAUAUAUAUAUAUAUACUGACAUAACUAACUGACAAGGACACAUAAGCCGUACAACCUACCAACUGACUCGUUAGAUAACCAGCAUCUGUCACUAAAUGCAUAAAUACGUCUAGCCUAGCAAAUUUCUUUGGCUGAUCCAACUUGACCCAUUUUGUUGACAGAAAGAAAUCUUGGCCCAUUUGGCUGGUCUGAAACUAGCUUUAAGGUUGUGCGGUUGUCUGUACACCCCCAGAAGCUGGGAUGAAGAGACUU